AUGAGACGACAAAACGCGGCACGGCCAGAAAAUGGCGAUCCCACCGUCUUACCCAAUGGCUUCAUUGUCCACAAGGAGCCGUUAACUACCAUCUCGCGAAGUCAGGACAAACCCACAACUGAGAGUGACAACUCUAUAUCAAUUUUGAACGAGCGCCGCUGGUUUCACUGGCAUGAGCCAGGCACCUCCAAGGCAGACAAAAAGCUCAUCUUCAAACUGGAUUGGUUCUUGCUAAGUUUCAGCUGCCUAUACUUCUUCAUUAAGCAGCUAGAUGGCAACAAUAUCUCCAAUGCGUACGUCUCUGGCAUGAAGGAGGAGCUAGGCUUCGGUCCAGGGAACGAGCUCAGCUGGAUGAACACUUACUUUAAUAUCGGCCAGAUUGUCGGCGGCCCUUUGUCGAAUCUUGCAUUAACGGUUAUUCGACCGCGAUUCUGGCUGCCGGGCUGCUUAGUGGCGUGGUCUCUGUUCGUACUUUUCCUUUUCAAAUGCAAUAAGGCCUCUCAGUUCUACGGGCUGAGAUUCUGCAUUGGAUUUUUCGAGUCAGCCGCAUGGCCAGGUGUACAAUAUGUGCUGGGCUGCUGGUAUCGCAAGUCCGAAAUGGCACGUCGUAGCGGCCUUUUCGUCAUGUCUGGCGUCCUCGGCCAGAUGUUCUCGGGCUACCUGCAGUCAGCCCUGUUCACUGGCAUGGAGGGCAAAGGGGGCAUGUCAUCAUGGCGAUGGCUCUUCAUUUUCGACUUCGUCCUCGCCGUGCCCGUAGCCAUCUACGGCAUCAUUUUCUACCCAGACACACCCGAGAACACCACCGCAUUCUACCUAUCCGAAAGCGAAAGAGAACGGGCGCGCUCCCGAAUCUCAGAGGAAGGGCGUACACCAGUUGGAAAGAUGGACGGCACAGUAUUCACGCGAAUCCUCGCCUCCUGGCAACUAUACACCUUCUCCCUCGGUUACGCCUUCUGGACCCUGACCUGCGGGUCAUAUGUCACGCAAUACUUCAGCAUCUGGCUAAAGUCACUCAACGUCUACUCAGUACCACAAAUCAACAACAUCCCCACCGCGCUGGGGGCAGUCAAUUUCUUCUUCAUGUUGACAUCGGGCUUUGUCGCAGACAAGAUCGGGCGGCGUGGUCCUGUCUGCUUCGCCGUCGGGUGUCUGUUAACAUUCUGCUUUGCUGUUUUCACGGCGUGGCCCGCGUCUCGCCAUCUCAAGAUGGCUGCUUUUAUACUCUCUGGUUGUUAUGGAUCCUAUACGCCUCUAUUGGCUGGAUGGGUUAAUAGCUCCUGUGGUGGAGAUCAGCAACUUCGGGCUUUUACCUUGGCUUUCAUGGUUAGUUUGGGUCAGGCGGUUGUCAUUCCGUUUCAACAAUUACAGUUUCCCAGUGGAGAGGCGCCGACUUUCACAAGGACUCAUGGCUGGGUGAGUGGACUGUGCUUUGUGAUUAUAUUGACGCUCUGGACUGGGUUUGGUAUUGAACUUGUAGAGUGGCUAGUUGGCCGGAAGGAAAAAGGGAAAGGGGUUAUUGUUGAGGAGUCCAAUGUUGAUGCCUAA